UAGCGUUUAGAAAAUCUGCUCGGCAGAGUACAACCUAUGACCCAACUGUUGGAUCUGAAAAAGCUGUAGACGGUUUAAAAUCAGACUUCUCGCAUUCUGGAAAACAAUGUAGUAUUUCAAAAGAUAACAAAAAGACUGCUACUUGGUGGGUUGAUCUAGGCAGAAUUUUAAGCAUCAAUAAUAUUGUUGUCUACUACAGGACCGACGGAAAUACGUGGAAUGCUAGCAAUGACUAUACUGGUAGAUUUCUUGGAUUUUUUAUUUAUGUGUCCAAUACAACAGACAGACAUGCGGGGCAUGUCUGUUUCCACGAUACAUACUACACGAGAAGCACGAUACCACCCAUGGUCAAUAUAAGCUGCCCUCUCCACGGAAGAUAUGUCAUUUACUACAAUGAGAGACUUCCAGACAUUAAUUAUCCGAGUGACUAUUCUACAGAUGCAUACAUUGAACUUUGUGAGGUUGAAGUUUAUGGUUGUUCAAUGCCUAGACGUUAUGGACCAGAUUGUUCCUUGUCGUGUCCUGUAAAUUGCGAAGACUACUGUCAUAUACAAACAGGGAUAUGUUUUGAAUGUAAGCCUGGUAAAAAAGGUGCUUUCUGUGAGCAAGGUCCUGCAAAAGACGCGACCGACUGGCGAUCCAGAUUUUAUGGGGUUCUUGCUGCUCUCUGUGUUUGUAUUGCUAUGUUUAUGAUGUUUAUAGUGGCUAUGUUUCUGCGACGACGGAGCAGCAGUGGAAUGGACAGGGAGAAUAAGGGGAAAGACAAUAAGGAUGAACCAUGUAAUAUUAGUGUCACAGUGAAGGCCGAAGAAAUAAUUAAUAGUGGAUAUCAAGGACUAGAGGACCAAAACGAAUCCUCUGCUUAUGAUUUUAUCAGAUAG